AAAACGUAAUAAUAAUUAAAAGUUAUUAUACCACCCAGAGAUUUAUAUAUUUUAAACUAUUUGUUGACAUACUAGUUACAUAUUAAAUUUAUGACUUGGACUAUAUUUUGUACAUGUAAAUACGUGAUGUUAUCAUUGUUUACAACGUUGUGCCUAGGCAAUAGGAAUAAGAACUGUGUUGUUUAAAUUUGAAGUCUACUUCAGUACUUGGAUCUAUAUUAGAUCUGCUUUAGAAUGUUUAGUCCUAUUAUUGAAGGCCAAUGAAGGAAGAAUAUAGUUACAUAUAUUUUACAUAUCUGUACGAAUUUGACAUUAAAUCUAGACUACUAGAAAAAAUACUAGAUUUAACUAGAUUAUAGAUGUUGAGGAAACUAACAAUAACUAUAACAUGUCGUCGAAUGAUGUGAUAAAAAGUGUAGCGAAAAGACUAAAAUAUUACUUUGAAAUUCAAAGAUUAGAAGAUGGAUUUGAUUUAUCAGAUGUACAUCAACCACUAUUAGAUCAUCCACCUUUAAAAGUGGUUGGAUGGUCAUCAAAAUAUAAUAUGCGACCUGCUUUACAGACUGGAGUGCUAAGAGAUAAACCCAUCAAGCAUCAUUUUAGUCGUCCAGAAGUACGAGCUCAGCUGACUCAUUUGAACGGGAAAAAUGCCAGAGAACCAAUUAAAUCCAAAAAAGAAGCACAAGUUAGAAAACUUUUGGAAAAUUACAUGAAAAGUUAUUGUUUUCAGGAAGAUUGCUUUUGCUUUAGUCAUUCAAAAAUGCUACCAGCCCGGAAGAAAACCCUUCCAAAUUGUUACUGCUUUCACCAAGCUAAAAAGUGUCCUCAUGGGUUAAAACUUUCUAGUGGCCUUAGAAGAAGAAAAAAACAAAGAAACAUAGUAGGAGGAUGGCCAUUGUUGAGAUCUGUGCCUGAUCAACAUAUCUCCAGAGGGGAAGCAACUAGAUUGGUUAAUUCAGCUACAAAAAUAUUAGCUGCCACUACUAAUUUAGGCCUUUAUCCUGGAGCUGUUGAUUAUACAUUGGUAAAAUAUGAUCCAAGUUUAUAUACGAAGAAUCAGCCUAAGAAACAAAUAACAGCCAAAUAUUCUCCUGUUUAUACAAGGAAAGAAAGAGCUUUAUCUAGGCAGCAGAAAAAGUUUGUUGAUGAUUCAGAUACAGAGAGUAACAGUAGUAGGUCUUCAGGAUCCAGACCUCAUUCUCCAACACCCUCCCACAGUUCCUCUAGGUCUUCUUCAUCAUCAAGUUCUAGUGGAUACACAAAAAGUAGCGUUGUGUCUAAUCGAUCAUCUAGCACUACAGAUAAGCCAUCCCCAACAUCAGCAAGAUUCAGAUCUCAGGCAUUCAUCACUUUGCCUGAAACAGAGCAAAAGGAGGAGAUUAAAGUUGUCCAGUCCACACAGACUGUUGACCUCAUCAGUGAGCCUGCUGAACAACAGAAAAAGAGUCAAGAGGAAGUAUGUGUUGGACCAUUGUGUCAAUAUGAAGUGUAUGUGCGUACUGGGAAUCGCCUGGGAGCUAGUACCAAAGCAUCUAUUAAAAUGAUCAUGUAUGGAGAGAAGGGGCGAACCAAAGAGUUUGUACUAAAGGAUUCCAAAAAACAUAAAAUACCAUUCCAGAAAGGAAGGGAAGAUAUGUUUGCUCUGACUGCUCAUCACAUUGGACAAAUUAAACAAAUACAAAUAGGUCAUGACAGGAGUGAACUAAACUAUGCCUGGUAUUUAGAAGGUGUCACUGUGUUUGAUAUUUACGCCAAGCAGAUCUUUCAAUUUCCAUGUGAACGAUGGCUGUCUGGUCAAGAUGGCGAUAAAAAAACCUACAGGAUUUUAGAUGUUGACAAAGAAAGAGAUUUUAUGGAAGCUUUGGAUAGAAUAAAGUCCAAAUCUUCUCAAGCACCUGGAUACAAGGAUUCCUCUGACUCAGACAGUUCUGAAAUCUUAGUCAAUGGUCAAAGCUACAAAAACAAAGUCAAGUCUAAAGAUACCUCUAGUUCUGAUUACAUUUCUGACAGAGAUAAGAAGAGUAUAGUGCAUGAAACACCAAGAACUAAACAGAGACAUGUCUUAAAGAGCAGGACAAUAGAUGAUGAUGAGCAUAGAGAGGAUAGAUCUAGAUCCGGGCCAGUCUUUAGACUACUUUCUGCACAUGACAACAAACAGGUUGAUGAAAUUUACAUGGAGGCACAAGGAAAAAGUAAAACCUCAGAGCUUGUAAAAGAAACAAAUAAACCUAGGCAGAAUGAGCAAAAAGGUAGCAAGGAUGCAUCAUCUGAAAAUGAAACUGAAAAAAAGCAUCAGUUGGAGAGAGGUAGGGCUAUGGAGCUCACAAUGCUUCAAGGUAAAGGUAUACAUGAUGCAGUACGUGCUGGGGACUUGGAGAGAGUUAAAGAUCUGAUUAACAGUUUCAAUGAGAUGAAAGAUUUUAGGGAUGGAAAUGGAUGGACACCAAUACACUUAGCAGCUGCCAGGGGGAAUAUUGAUAUAUUACGAUGGCUAGUAACAAGUGAUGCUGAUAUCAAUGCAGUGACACCUACUGGCUAUAAUGCUAUGCAUAUUGCAGCUAUGCAUGGUCAUAUGAAUUCAAUGAUGGUUCUGCAAGCAAUGGGCUGUUCCAUAACAAGUGUGACAUUAGACAAACAGUCUGCUCUUCAUUUAGCUUCUAAAAAUGGCCACUUAGAAUGUAUCAAAUGGCUAGUAGCCAACAGGGCAUCCAUCACUCAGAAAGACAACAAAGGUAAAACAGCUGGCCAGCUAGCAGAAGACAACCACUUUGAUCAGUGUGCUGACUUUCUAAAUGUCUGCCUACAAGAAGUGAGAAAUCCUAAAAGUACCUUUUACCAGAUAAAUGAAAUUGAAAAUAGUUUGACUCCCAUUACAGAAGACUGUAGUUCGGUGUUGCAUGAAACACCAAGAAAAGUCAAAACUCAGAAUCUUUAUUCAAGCUAGGAUGGUGCCAAAAGUAACAUAUAUUGUUGUUUUUUUCAACAGAGUUGUCAUUUAAAAUCUAUUCUGUAAAUUUAUAUUAGUGUAGUUAACUUGUAAAAAUAUAAUUUUUAGUCUGCUUUUUUUUCUUUACUAAUAUUAUUUUAAAUUGUAUAUAUAUUAUAUGUAUUCAUUAGGCUCGUAAUGAUCAAGUCAUUAUAUUUUGUUUUAAAUGUACAGCUUAGCCAUAAUAGAUGCUAGCAUGACAGGCAAACAUCUAUAAUAAUUGAAUAUUUUGUACUCAAAAUAAUUAUAAUAAAACGAAUAGAUAGAUGACUGUUCAGUAACAAACAUACCUUUGUUAAUGUUUCCAAUGUUAAAUGUAUUAUUGUAAUCCAGACUUAUUAUGUAUGUUGUUGAAUGUUUGUUGAAACAUUAAUACCAUACUGCUGCUAACAAGCUGCUCAUUUGUUCAAGAUCACUUGUAACUUUAUUAUUAUUAUUUAAUCACCAAAAAAAGCAUUACAUAAUUAUACCAUCAUAAAUAUUAACUAAGUAUUUUUUAAAGAUGUGCAUCAUAAGAGUAUUUUCUUUUUACAGUUUAAUUGUAAGAGAUUAAUUUAAAAAUAUUGACCUUGUUUUGAGCUUGACCAAUUAAAAUAAAAAAGGUGCCUUAAAGAUUAUAUGCAUUUUCUUUAACCUGAAAAAAAAUUUAAAUACCAAACACUAUCUCAUUUUUGAAAGAAAUCAUGAAGGUACAAAAACGCAAUGGAAUUUUAAUAAUUUCCAGAUUUUUCUUUAGUUAUUAUUGUAAAUGGAAUGUCCAACUAUGUGAUUUUUUUUUGUUCCAUUGUUAAUGUCAUAAAACUACUUAUUAGUAUUCAUAGCUAAUAGUGUAUUCUUAUCAGCAAGUUCCAGGAUCUAAUCAUUCUGACCCUCAGCACUAACAGUAAAAUCUGGUGGAAAUGUAAAGAUUCAAUGAGAAAAAUUGGCCUGAUAUGAAAUUUUCAAGAGUACUUACUACACAAAUUACUAAAAGGAGUUUUUUUUCAAUGAUAUACCAACUAAAAUCAGACAGUGUUUUAUUAUUGUUGGAAAACAUCUAUUAUGGAAUUGGAGCACUGUGUCCCUUUAUCCCAUUGACCACUGAGAAGGAUUUUUCUCACCCCCAAGUCCUGUCUUAAGGUUCCACAUUGUAUGUGACCAUUACUAGGUCACACUGUAUACAUUGUGCCUUGGACAUCUGGUCUAGCAAUCCUAUAAAUCAAAUGGAGGCCACGCAACUAUGGAGAAUUUCUCAUAUCCCUGUUCUGUGAUGCCAUGAUUAGUGAAGGAUUGCUACUCCAUUAUUUUACAUAGAUAAUAUGUGAAGAAGAAAUAGGAAUUUGUGUGGGAUUUCAUAAUACUAAUUUUUUAACAUUAUAAAUUAUUUAUGAUUUAUGGAAAUUUUAAAUAUAAUGACCUUCAUGUGUUCCCAAUGCAUGUAUAUUUUUAUAUCAAGACUGGCUUUUUCAUGCAAUGCCUCAAAUAUCACAAUAUGUAUAACACGUCAACCUGAAUCCCAGGCCUGUAAAACAGGAGAGUGACAACAGCAGAACCUUAGAACAAUGUAAACUAUAAUCCAUCAUGUUUCAGAGCAAUAUUCAACACUUAAUAAAUUCAUGACCAAUACAAAUAUUGUCAUUUUCAAUAUCGCAUAGUGAUUUUAAUAUGUUGAAUUCAGUGUGCUUUCCAGCUAUGAUAAACUAAUUAUGUAAAAAAAAAGUUUUUUUGUAAUGUAUAAAUAUUAAACUUUUUGUUAUCCAUGUAUA